AUGCGCAUUUUCUUCUAUUCCUGCCUUUGCCGUCUUCUUGUACCAGCUUGGGCAAGCAGCCAGACGGCAGAGGACAUUCAAAGAGUCAUUCUAGAGCAGCACGCCUCCCCUGUCGUCCGGGGCAGCAUCGACAUCAUCUGGACGUGCGUCGUCACUCUCGGCGCCUGCGUCUAUACCGUCCUCCAUCUCAACGUACCUGCGAAGAACGAGCGCUACGCUGGACUCAACGACAAUCUCCGAUGGGUCGUCGUCGCCAUUCUCUUCCUGGAGUAUGUUCUCGUCAUUGCAGCCUUUCAGUUCCGAGAAGCGCGAAAUUUGAGAGAGGAGUUGCAACAGCGCCUAAACGACAACGUCUCUACGCAACUUGUCGAACUCGACUUUUGUUUCUUUGUGAUUAUGGGAAGCUACCAGGUUAUCAUCAAAGACAUUCAACCGGGGCCAGAUUUCGCGUAUAACAGCAACUGUGAAGAUAUUCUUCGGCUGUCCUCGGAAGGAUUUCUGAGGCUGGUUGAACUGGACGAAAUCAACAUCGAGACGACGGUAAGGACGUCGCACUUGAAAGACAGGAGCAAGGCCAACAUCAUUCAAAAGGCGUUGGUUUUGAUGCAAAUCGGUUGGAUGCUGCUCCAGUGUAUCGCCAGAAAAGCCCAAGGACUCCCCAUAACCCUCCUGGAGUUGCACACAAUGGUCCAUGUUGCUUGCGCUGCAGCGAUGUACGGCCUCUGGUUCUCCAAGCCUUUGGAUAUCGGCUAUUCAGAGAUGCUGGACUCGGAGUCUGAAACGAUGAGAGGCUUUCUGGCUCUUUCUGUGCAAUCACUUCUUUGCAAGAUGAACGAAAUCGAAUUCACCAUCCAGACACAGGAGCUCGAAAGCAACUCUACGCACCCUGGUAAUCAUAGCGCUGGUUCUCAACCCCGUGCGUCGAGGAUUGCUUUGUUGCCGAACGAUCCUACACAAGAACCACACCUCACGGACGACGUCAUGGACGACGAGAAUGCAGUAUCAAUCCGUGAAAUCGGACAAUCUCUAAGCUGCGGUAUCAGACUUCGCUCAGAAAAAUCUGUGACUCCAUCAAAGACCAAAUUUAGGCUCACAGCCGAGGACAGAACCCGUUUGGAGCGAUCGACUCACUUCGUCAGAAGUCUGCCACGACCUGUGACCGAAACCCCGAACAGCACACCUUUGCGCCUAAAAUCUUACAGUCUAUGUUUUUCAGAAAAUGGUAAUGAUGAGAUUGGGCUGGAUUACCGUCAAGAAGGCGUAUCCAUCUUCAAUUACUUGAGUCACUUCCACGAUCUUGAAUCUAUGGGCGUCCUUUCGUCGGCGAAUGACUGA